GCCUAUGACUCCAUGUGGGUCUGUGGUCCCUAUGUUCCAGGCUUUGGUGCUGCCUGUGGGACGCGACCUUUGGCCGCAGUUGGCACCUGCUUAUGUGGCGGCCUGUGCAUGCUUACCCUGGGGGCGGGGGCCCCACCUGGGGGGACCUGUGAAGCUGGCAGCUCUCGGUGCUCUGAGGGACUCCAUGCGGCGUCCCCAUGUGUCCUGUGCCCACCCCGGCCUGGACGCUGCCCACAGGGGAAGGCCAUGGACUUUGUGGAUGUGGAUGAGAGCAACGCCCGCUGGGUCCAGGACUUCCGCCUCAGGUCCUACGCCAGCCCCGCCAAGCUUGAGUCCAUCGACGGGGCCCGGUACCACGCGCUCCUCAUCCCCAGCUGCCCCGGGGCACUUGCUGACCUGGCCAGCAGCGGAUCUCUGGCUCGUAUCCUGCAGCACUUCUGCUCCGAGAGCAAGCCCAUCUGCGCUGUGGGCCAUGGUGUCGCCGCCCUGUGCUGUGCCACGAGCGAGGACGGCGCCUGGCUGUUCCAGGGCUACAGCGUGACGGGGCCCUCCGUGUACGAGCUGGUCCGGGCGCCUGGCUUUGCCCACCUGCCCCUGAUCGUGGAGGACUUCGUCAAGGAUGCGGGUGCCAGCUUCAGCGCCAGCGAGCCAGAUGCAGUACACGUGGUGCUGGACCGCCACCUCGUCACCGCCCAGAACGCCAGCUCCACCGUGCCGGCUGUGCAAAACCUGCUCUUCCUCUGUGGCAGCCGGAAAUGAGGCGGACUGUGGCCUGUGGCCAGUGCCGACGGUCCAGGUGGCCACAGAGGAAGUGGGCCUGCUGCGCUGCCUCCUCCUUGGCCUGUGGAGACCCCACCUCAGAGCCGAGAGCAGCCGGGCCUCUGACGACCCCCC